UCACAUCCCACCACCAGCUCAGUCUAUAGGAGUGUUUCUGUGUCUGUGUGAUCAAUUCCUCUUCUACUUUUAUCUCUUUCACUCACACACACCCAACACAAUGUCUGUACAACUCACUCCCUCCAAGCAGGCUGCUUCCUCCCUCGAGAACCUCAAGAUGAGCGACUCGCCUGUCAAGAAGCUCAACUUCGGUGGCAAGGAGAACGCGCCUGCCGCCGUUGACGUGACUGCCGACAAGCCCGUCGAGAAGCCCGUCGAAGCCCCCAAGGUUGCGCCCGGUAUCAAGGAGAUGGAGGCCAGCGAGCCUCUGCUUCAGGAGAACCCCCACCGUUUCGUCCUUUUCCCCAUCAAGUACCAUGAGAUCUGGCAGAUGUACAAGAAGGCCGAGGCCUCUUUCUGGACCGCCGAGGAAAUCGAUCUGUCCAAGGAUUUGCACGACUGGCACAACCGCCUGAACGACGACGAGCGCUACUUCAUCUCCCACGUUCUCGCGUUCUUCGCUGCCUCCGAUGGCAUUGUCAACGAGAACCUUGUCGAGCGCUUCAGCGGCGAGGUCCAGGUUCCCGAGGCUCGUUGCUUCUACGGAUUCCAGAUCAUGAUGGAGAACAUCCACUCCGAGACCUACUCUCUCCUGAUCGAUACCUACAUCAAGGAGCCCAAGCAGCGCACCUACCUCUUCGACGCUAUUGAUACUAUCCCCUGCAUUGCCAAGAAGGCCGAUUGGGCCAUUAAGUGGAUCCAGGACAGGGAGUCGACCUUCGCUCAGCGUCUCGUUGCUUUCGCUGCCGUUGAGGGUAUCUUCUUCUCCGGCUCCUUCGCUUCCAUCUUCUGGCUCAAGAAGCGUGGUCUCAUGCCUGGUCUCACCUUCUCCAACGAGCUCAUCUCUCGUGACGAGGGUCUGCACACCGAUUUCGCUUGCCUGCUGUUCUCCCACCUGAACAACCGCCCCAGCAAACAGGUUGUUGAAGACAUUAUCGUCGAGGCCGUCGGCAUUGAGCAGGAGUUCCUGACUGACGCUCUGCCCGUUGCUCUGCUGGGCAUGAACUCUAAGCUGAUGUGUCAGUACAUCGAGUUUGUCGCGGACCGCCUGCUGGUGGCCCUCGGCAACAAGAAGUACUACAACGCCACCAACCCCUUCGACUUCAUGGAGUCGAUCUCGCUGGCGGGUAAGACCAACUUCUUCGAGAAGCGGGUAGGUGACUACCAGAAGGCUGGUGUCAUGGCCAGCACGAAGAAGGAAGAGGAGGUCAAGACCAACAGCAACGGCCUCAGCUUCGAUGAAGACUUCUAAACACCGAAAAAAUGAUGCCACUAUACCCGGUUGUUGGCACCAGCCACGAUAUGUUUGAUUCUGGGUGUUUACGAGGAUAUUUGAUUAUACGCAUGGGAUUGGCGUUUGUUGGAUGGGAUUGAUUCUUUUUCUUUUUCUUAUAAUGUUAAUGCUUGACUCUUGUAUUUAGAGAAAUGUACAUUGGAUAUUUUCUAUAUUGACUAUUUCUG